AGCGCGUCUCACCCCUGGUGACCCCGGAAGUGGGUCGGGGGCUUGGCCUCUGCCCGGCCGCGGAGCCGGAGCUGGAGGUACUAUCCCAUUCGGCGGCGAACCCCGGGCAGGCCCGGGGCUGGAGUGUCAAGAUGCUAAACGUCCCUUCCCAGUCUUUCCCGGCCCCCAGGUCGCAGCAGCGUGUAGCCUCCGGGGGACGUAGCAAGGUACCUUUAAAACAGGGCAGAAGCCUUAUGGAUUGGAUUCGCCUGACCAAAAGUGGAAAGGAUCUAACAGGAUUAAAAGGCAGGUUAAUUGAAGUAACUGAAGAAGAACUUAAGAAACACAACAAAAAAGAUGAUUGUUGGAUAUGCAUAAGAGGUUUCGUUUAUAAUGUCAGCCCUUAUAUGGAGUAUCAUCCUGGUGGAGAAGAUGAACUAAUGAGAGCAGCAGGAUCAGAUGGUACUGAACUUUUUGAUCAGGUUCAUCGUUGGGUCAAUUAUGAAUCCAUGCUGAAAGAAUGCCUCGUUGGCAGAAUGGCGAUUAAAACUGCUGUUCUGAAAGACUAUCGUGAGGAGGAAAAGAAAGUCUUAAAUGGCAUGCUUCCCAAGAGCCAAGUGACAGAUACACUUGCCAAAGAAGGUCCUAGUUAUCCAAGCUACGAUUGGUUCCAAACAAACUCUUUAGUCACCAUUGCCAUAUAUACUAAACAGAAGGAUAUCAGUUUAGACUCAAUAAUAGUUGAUCAUCAGGAUGAUUCCUUUAGAGCAGAAACAAUUAUUAAGGAUUGUUUAUAUCUUAUACAUAUUGGGCUAAGCCAUGAGGUUCAGGAAGAUUUUUCUGUGCGGGUUGUUGAGAGUGUGGGAAAAAUAGAGAUUGUUCUUAAAAAAAGAGAGAAUACUUCUUGGGACUUUCUUGGCCAUCCCCUGGAGAAUCAUAAUUCACUUAUUCCAAGGAAAGAUACAGGUUUGUACUACAGAAAGUGCCAGUUAAUUUCCAAGGAAAAUGUUACUCAUGAUACGAGGCUUUUCUGUUUGAUGCUGCCACCAAGCACUCAUCUUCAAGUGCCCAUUGGGCAACAUGUUUACCUCAAGCUACCUAUUACAGGUACAGAAAUAGUAAAGCCAUAUACACCUGUAUAUGGUUCCUUACUCUCAGAGUUCAAGGAACCAGUUCUUCCCAACAAUAAAUACAUCUAUUUUUUGAUAAAAAUCUAUCACACUGGACUCUUCACACCAGAGCUUGAUCGUCUUCAGAUUGGAGAUUUUGUUUCUGUAAGCAGUCCUGAGGGCAAUUUUAAAAUAUCCAAGUUCCAAGAAUUAGAAGAUCUCUUUUUGUUGGCAGCUGGAACAGGCUUCACUCCAAUGGUUAAAAUACUGAAUUAUGCUUUGACUGAUAUACCCAGUCUCAGGAAAGUGAAGCUGAUGUUCUUCAAUAAAACAGAGGAUGAUAUAAUUUGGAGAAGCCAAUUGGAGAAAUUAGCAUUUAAAGAUAAAAGACUGGAUGUUGAAUUUGUUCUCUCAGCACCUAUUUCUGAAUGGAAUGGCAAACAGGGACAUAUUUCACCAGUUCUUCUUUCUGAAUUUUUUAAAAGAAAUUUGGACAAAUCCAAAGUUCUCGUCUGCAUUUGUGGACCAGUGCCAUUUACAGAACAAGGAGUAAGGUUGCUGCAGGAUCUCAACUUUUCCAAAAAUGAGAUCCAUAGUUUUACAGCAUAAUGAAGAGCUGUCAUUGUCCUUUAUUCAACUAGUUUAUCUAAAUUUGUGAUUGCUUAGGGUUUUUUAAGGGAACAUUUUUGUACAUAAUAAAAGGUUAACUAGAAUCCAGGCUUCAGUUUCUUAAAUGAAAUCAAAUGUUCCUUCUGUAUAGGUGACUUCUUGGCUUUCUUUUGUACCAUAACUUAUUUUACUACUGAUAUUUGACCUGGACAGUUAAUCAUGGCAACAAAUACAUACAGGAUUCUUUGUUAUGAAUCACAAAUUUCCUUGCCAUUUAAAUUAUAUCAGUGUUCUACAAUAAGCCCUUGUGUUUUAUGACAUGAUAAAGUAAAUGAUCACUUCGAUCAUGUUUCUAUGCUGUAAAAUGUCUUAUUAGCAAUACAGAUUAAAUUUUACAUUGCACUGUUAACUCAGGAAAUGAUCAUUUAUGUCCUUGUUAUUAAUAUUAAAACAUAGAAUGUUAUAACUUAUUAACUUAUCCAAACAUUUUUGUGUGUGUGUAUGGCACUGAUGCAGAAUACAAUAAAAUUAUACUUAAGUUCUUUU